UUGACAUGAUUCCACUACGUUUUUGCAGAGUUUAAAAAUCAUCGUUCAAUGGCAUCCGCAACUGAUCAAAACAAUUUUACUAUUUGUUCCAUUUGUUUCGAAAAAUUUAGAACACCAAGGAUUUUGCCCUGUUCGCACAUCUUUUGUCACAGUUGCAUUUCAUCGUAUAUAGUGAGCUCGUGCAAAUCGAAAGAGGCACCUGUGGGAUUUUCUUGUCCACUUUGUAGAGAGUUCGUCCCAGCACCAGCCGGUAUAGGGAAACCUGAAACAUGGGCAGAAGGUUUACCCGUGUGUAAAAUUCUAGACAAACUAUCCACAAGUAAAGAAUCCAGCUUGUGUGCUGCGUGUCAUCGAGAAAAUGAAGAGGAAGAGGCUACGGACAUCUGCAUCACCUGUGAGGAAGCAAUUUGUGCGAAUUGUGCUAAAUAUCACAGGCGAAAUUUAAUAACGUCCGUUCAUGUUGUUGUCCCGUUGAAGGAACCUAGCUUAGUGUUGCAGAGUGUUAUAUCAUCUGUAAAAAAUGGGAGUUGUCCAGAACACCCUGACAAAGAAGUAGAACUACAUUGCGGGGAGCAUCGCAGGGCUAUGUGCACUCUGUGCGCAACCACUGAGCACAGGAAAUGCCUCGAUGUCCAAACCAUUCAAUCUAUCGCUGAAAAAACAAAGAAGGGUGGCAGUCUGCAAAAAUUGCUAAGAAAGGUGAAUAAUUAUGAGCAGGAACUGCUAAUGGUCAAGAAAAAGCAAGAAAACAACCUCAGUGAAAUAGACAGCACAUCAGACAGUAUACUGGAAGAAACCAAAAAGUUAAGAAUGGAAGUUAAAGCUCAUCUGGAUAAGCUUGAAAAUGAACACUUAAAUGAAUUGAGUAAAGUUACAAAGGAGAGCAAAGACAUGUUAAAUAAAAAUAUUGAUUCUGUCUCAGACAGGAUUCACUUCAGCAGACACUGUAUACAGAGACUUCAGAACCUGGAGGAUGCGAGUGAUGCCUGCUUUAUGAAGGAAUACCACCAUGUCGGAGAAAAGUUUGAGAUGCUUAAAUUGGAAACUGUGAAUUUGAAAGAACAUGAAAUAAAGCUCAAGUCAAAUAUAUCAAAAGAAUUAAGAAAAUUAAAACAAGUGGAAAGGUUUUCCAAACUUGAAGUUUUACAUUCACGGAAACAUCUACUGAACAGGAGGGACAUUGAGGAUGUGUCAUUUUCUCUGAUAUAUGAGGUUCAACUUCCUGAUGCCAACAUUUGUGGUGGAAAUUUCAUUUCAGAUGAAGUGAUUGCUCUAGCAAAAUAUAAUUCAACCAAGAAAGGUCUCUGGCUGGCUGGAUUGAAACGUAACACUUGGGAUAAAGUUAGGGAGAGUGAUACAGAUGAUACUUAUUUUGACGUGCAACAUUCAGACAAUGAAUUAUACAUUACAAACCAGACAAACAGAAGUGUGAUUGUCAUGUCAAGCAAUGAUUUUACCACGGUGAGAGAAUUCAUAAUGCAAGAUAAUUUGGUGCCUUAUGGCAUAUCCAUCUGGGAAAAUUUUGUUUUUGUUGCUUGUCAGAUUGCAAUUUUGAAAUACGACUUACAGGGAGAGUUGGUUUACAGAUACCCAGUUGAAAAGUCUUCUCUGUACGUGGCAGUGACUCGUCGCAGCCACAUUGUGCACAGUAAUGUAAAAACGGACACUGUGACCUGCAUCGAUGAGAAGGGGGUGCCCCUGUGGAAGUAUGUCAGCCCAAAGCUCAGUGGUCCCUGCAGUGUGGAUAGAGACGCGCUCGAUAAUCUAUACGUGGGUGGAUCCAAGAGCAAUAAUGUCCACAUACUGUCCAGCUUUGGCUCUCUGAUCCGGGUCUUGGAAUGUAUCCCCUGCCCUGCUUUCAUGAAAGUCAGUGAAAGAGGAGACAUGUGCUGUGUGUGCAGCAGCUGGAAGAACAUCAGAGUGUAUGAAAUCAAAUGAGACACAAAGCAUUCUGUGGGAUUAUCUGCCCCUUUUACUGCUCCAUCUGUCUCUCUCUUGGUUGCUUUUUGACUAUGUUGAUAUGGAGUAAGAUGCCUAUGCAGUUUUACUCCUCCACCCUAAAUUCAAGUCUGUAAGAUGUUGUUUUUAUUAAACUACCAGAUCUUGACAAUGAAUAAAUUGAUAGAUUUAUUUGGUAUAAACAACUGGUAGCUUUUUUUUUCUAAACCAAAAUGAAGAGGAGUUCAACUAUUGAGUAUAAAUCAAUGUUGAAUACAAUAUGUUUGCCAAUGAAUGCUGCUUGCACACCAUGCCUUUACUUCCUGUUGUAGUGUAAAGAUUUGAUUAAAACAUUAGUGUUUUGCUUAAAUGUUUGCUCAUGUUCAGAGAAUGAAAACAAUGUUGGUGUGUGGGGUCCAGACCACCCGACUCCCUCAAGAUCUGAGCAUGUCCUUUAAAA